UUGCGACUGUGGCUCUGAUUAUUGCUGUGACUGUGGCUAUCUAACCGAGUGCUCAUCUGUUCAUUCGUGCCACAUUUCUCGUGCAAGCUGCGUCUUCAGUUCCAGUCGCUUGUUGUCGUUGUGACGUUCUCGUUGUCAACUAGUGCCGUUUUCACUGGUUUUUUGCACAAGCAGAAAUCAAAAAGUGCUGGACAAAAAGAAGACUAUAAAGCAAAGAACAGAACACAAACAGAUAACAAUCAAAUCAGUGAAAAUCAUUUGAGUGCGCCGUAUUUUAAAAAUUCAAUUGAAUUCAAUAAAAAAAAAUAAAAAAAAAAUUUUGAAAAAACUAUAAGGAGAGCGCUUGCCAAGUGUUUUCACAUUUUUAAAUAUAUCAAAAUUUAUAUUAUUCAAUUAGAAGCAAUGCAGUACAUCUAUGUGAUUAGCGCGCUAAUUUUGGCAAUUGCCGUGCAGCAAGGCGUUGCCAUCAAGUGUUUUGUAUGCAACAGCCACAAAGAUGCCAAUUGUGCGCUGGAUAUACCGCCCGAUAAUUUGCUCAAGGACUGCCAGGAGGAUUAUUCGACGCGCGGCAAAGGCAUACCCACUUAUUGCCGCAAGAUCACACAGAUUAUUGAGUUCUCCGUGAAUAACCUGCCACCAGAUAGUCGUGUGAUACGCACCUGCGGUUUCCAGAAUCAAACAUCGACCAAUUAUUGCUACUCACGUGCCGGCUUUGGUGGUCGACAGGUGGUUUGCUCCUGUGAUACGGACAAUUGCAAUGGCGCCGCUGCGCUGAGCGGCAUCUCGGCCCUGGGAAUGGUUGGCGCCGUUGGCCUCCUAUUGGGCGCCUGCAAGUGGCUGCAGCGUUAAGCGCCAAGCGUCAUUAUGUCGCUUCAGUUUUACUUUUUCUUAUGUUCUUUUGUUUGAUUUCAACUCACCGCACCAUGUCCUCUUUUGUUAUAUUGUCGCUGAUCCUUUAAGUUUUCCGUAUUACCAAGCAGCACUUUCAACUUGAUCGACUAACAAAUCUCUGCUACAGUCGCUGUUUAGUUCCAGCAACUUUUUUCCCAAAUGUCUCAAUGUCAAAUGGCAAAAGCUUUACAAAAACAAAAAUAUAUAUUUGAAGAGUUCUUUAAUUGUAUAUAAACAAAAUAAAAGCAACAAUUGGCCAAUAAAAUUAUCUCCUAGCAAUAAUAUGAAUUUUGAAACUAAAGUAUUAAAUAUAAUAAAAA